ACCACCCUUCUCGCGAGUGUCGCGAUCAGUUUUAAGAUUCGAGCGCGCGUGUUAUGUAUAUAAAUCAUUAUUGUGCUUUUUGUUUUGUUUUUUUCAUUUCUGUUCUGUCAGUGCUUGGCUGUGGAUUGAAGGAUUGGUAGUUAACCGGAUCAUUUGCAGCUGCCCAGGCAUAAAUCGUUCAGAAGUAGAAAAGCGAGUGGAAAUGAUGUUGGGCGAAGAGAGACAGUCGACGUGAUCAGAAUCACGAAAGUCGAGGAUUCAGCAAGUCGCCGGCAGGACCUGAUGCUGUCGCAGUAGCGGGCGAGAAGGCCCAUAGCAUCAGGAGCAAAAAGAGAAUGGGCAGGCUUGGCGUGCACUGAGGCGUGGGUGCGCGAUAUGCAUCACGCUAGUUUGGGUUACGGGGCCGCUGGAGCAGGCACGCAAGAUCGCUUGCCCGUCUGCACGCAGCUCGACAAGUGCCCUUACGAGGCCUACGCCGCUCAGAUACCUGACUGUUGCGCUGCGGCUGCCGCCGCCGCCGCCGCAGCUGCAGCUGCUGCGCAAGAGCCCUAUCCCAGACCACCCAGCGGCUAUGACACCAGGUGCUACGACGAUUGCCACCGGAGAACACCUUAUGGCGACGACUCGUACUCACAACAGGAUUCGGUGCCAACUGGCGCGUACCAAAGGCCACCGUCAAGGCUCGGUUACGAUGACCAGCAAAGCCAGCAGAGUCAGCAACAGCAGCCAGCCAGGCCACAAUCACGUAUGGGUGGUUACUUGGACGACGCUUACCUCCUCGGCGACCAAAGUACCACCGAUACUAGCCAGCAGCAACAGCAGCAGCCGCCACAGCUCUACUGCACCAGCGGCUAUUGCAUGGGUGACAUGGGCCGAGGUGGGCUCUGUGGCGAGGAGCUCGAGCUCGACAUGCGUCGACACAUUCAGGCCUGCGCCUGCACCUGCAACCACAUGGGUUAUGGGAACUACAUGGACUAUCAGACAACGUGCCUAACUGAACUGCCAGACGUAGCGCCAUGUAACGGUACAGUGCGGCUACCGAGUGGCAUAUGCGAUGACUCGCCGAGCAGCGGUAGUAGUGGAGCAGGUAAUGGAAUCAAGGAUCGCCGUGACGAUUCACCAAGGCGACGCUGUCGUGUAUUGGCGCCAAUAAUUCUCGUUGUCGCGGCUCUCCUACUUGGCGGACUCUGCUUGCCGCUGCUCCUACAAUCGGCACCGGCAACCCACCAGCAACGCCUCGAUGUCAUCCGGAGGAUCCUCACUGAAGUGCCUCUGAUCGAUGGGCACAACGAUUUGCCCUGGAACGUCAGGAAAUUCGUACACAAUCAGCUCGGAGAGGUGAACCUGAGCAGCAACCUAGAUAAAAUUGAUCCGUGGGCUAAAUCUGACUGGAGUCACACGGAUAUACCAAGGUUACGAACGGGUCUUGUUGGAGCACAGUUCUGGUCGGCGUACGUGCCAUGUGGCGCGGCCCAACUGAAUGCAGUGCAACUCUCCCUCGAACAGAUCGACGUGAUACGCAGGUUAUCAGAGAUGAACGCCCAGCACUUGAUUCUGGUCACCUCGGUUAAAGGUCUGAUCGAAGCACACCGUGAGGGGAAAAUAGCAAGCCUGAUCGGCGUGGAAGGUGGCCAUUCUCUUGGGAAUUCACUCGGAGUGCUAAGGACGUUUUAUGGCCUCGGCGCUCGCUACCUCACACUCACACACGCCUGUGACACUUCCUGGGCAGUCUGUUCGGUCGGAGAGACGAACGCAACUCAAGACUUGACGCCAGGUCUUAGCGAAUUUGGAAAGGCGGUGGUCAGGGAGUUGAAUAGGCUUGGGAUGCUAGUCGACCUGUCGCACGUGUCGACGCGGACGAUGAACGCUGCUCUACAGACUACCAAGGCUCCUGUGAUUUUCUCACAUAGUGCUGCUCGCGCCCUCUGCAAUUCCAGCAGGAACGUGCCCGACAAUGUGCUUAGAAAUCUGGCGAAAAAUGGAGGUGUUGCCAUGGUCCCUUUUUAUACUUACUUUAUUACUUGUAACAGCACGGCAACUAUCAAGGACGUAAUUGCGCACAUCAAUCACAUACGGAAGGUGGCCGGCAUCGAUCACGUUGGCAUUGGCGCUGGAUUCGACGGAAUAAAUUUCACGCCAACGGGUCUAGAAGACGUGUCACGAUAUCCGGAUCUACUGGCUCAAUUACUCGAGGAUCCAAAUUGGACCGAAGAGGACAUUAAAAAGCUCGCCGGCCUCAAUCUCCUACGGGUUUUCAGUAAAGUCGAGCAGGUAAGAGACGAAUGGCAAAAAGCUGCAGUUCUUCCGGUGGAAAAAAUCAGCCCGCCCGAUAAUUCCGCUUGUGCCUACGGCAUGACGUGAUCGACUUCGAAAUAAAGAAGAAAAUUACAACUCGAUUAGACUCAACACAUUUUUCUCGCCGAACAUAUAGUAUUAAAGCCAACAAUAAUACAUUACGACUUGACAAAUCCGAUAAUAAACGAUAAAACAUGAUGAUUUCGCAGAAGCAAUGAAAUGCUCGAAUUAUUGAACACAGACAUCAUAUUAGAAAUAGAAAAAUUUCAAACAAACAGUUCCUCCACUUGAAUCUUUGUUCAUUUUUUUAUUAAGAAAAACUAAAUGCUGCAUUCAAUCGAGUGUUUUUUUUAUAUAUAUACCGCAGACUGUUUCUCGAACGUUUGUCAAAACCACGAAACUCACAUGAAGAAUUUUUGAAAAAUGCUUUUUGAAUCAUCAUGUCUGUGCUAAAAUAAAAUUGAUUGCUAUAUUCAAUUUUAAUAAAAAAAUGAUAACUCGCCGACUGAAGUUGAUGAUGACUUGAAUAUAUAUGUUCAGUAUAUUCUACAGCUACGUUGCGUAUUAUUCAAAACAAUAUUUAUUGAUGUCCUAUAUUGUGAAUUAAGAUUAUAUUUGUAUUGUCUUUUUAACUGAUGAAAUUUUAUAAAACUUAUACAACAAUUCGAUUCUAUUGCAAUCAAUUUUAUUUCACAUCACAACACUAUUGAACUAAUAAAGACACGCGUUUUGAAACCGAGUACAGAAUGAGUCGUCUUGAUAUCUCAUCAUUACGGAUUAACUUUCGUCUCAAUUAAGUUGUCAAAUGUUGAAACUUCAGUACUUCAAAUAACCUAAAAUAAUAUAACGUAAUACUUUCGAAUUGAAAAAGCAACACAAACUAUAAUUCACUCCAAAUUUUAUAUAUCAAUAUAUAUGAAGUCUUCAUCACAAUGGGUGAAAUAAUUGUUGCUCAUCUAAUUGCGGACUGAAAUAAACCUAGAUAACUUUUUUUUAAGUGCCAAAUAAUCCAUCUAAUACAUUGUGAAAAAACAAAUGACAUUAAUUACAUUUUUUUUAAUUUUCAUUCUUAAAAAUACAUUUAUCAAACCAUGUCUAACUUUCAAAAUGAAAUAAUACAAAUAAUAAAAGACAUUGUUCUGUAGUUUAGUACAUCUUCCGUUGAAGAAGUUUGAUAACGUGCGAUUUGGUUUUCACAAUAGCACCUUUACUGCCAACACGCGAAAAAAAAAUCACUUCCAUAUCGCAAACCAAUAACGAGGGAAAAUUGUGAAAGGUUUUGCCACGUGAACUUUUUUGAGACUCAAAGAAAUAUACGUAAUAAAUUGAUUAAUUUAUAGAAUUAAACAUGCAAGUCCGAUUCCUUAUAUCGCAAAAUAAACUACUCGAGAUACUGUAGACUGACACGACAGCUAAAUAAAUUAAUUGAAAAUUAAAUAACACAUACGUAAUGUCAAGAAAUGAAUUAAAUCAAUUGAACAAGUCCAUGAAAUGUUUAGGAGGAAAAAUCUUGUUUCAAAUCGAAAUACGUAACUAUAGAAACCAAUUUUUUACUUAACAUUGGUAAAUCAAAUGAUUAUUUUGUGGA